GUCGUUAUAUUUUAACAUAGUAUUGCCACGCCUCCAUUCCUGCAGUCAACAGCAAGCAAAGCACAAGUAAAUACCACUGCAUUCGACAGACAUAGAUUUUCUCAAAAUUCCCCAUUGUUUUCAGCUUUAUCCCUUCAAAGCUUCAACCAUGACGGACCACCACGAGACGCGAGACGGAAAACCCAACAAAAACCUUCCUCAUGCUUCUUCAGAGAAAUUCCCAAUUGGAUCCUCUGAUAGCGGGUUCUCUUCCGGGCCAAAGUACCCGAAUCCACCUGAGACGACUAACCCGGACCCGGCCACUCUCAGGGAGCAGUGGAGGUAUGCUACUAGGCAGUACAGUAGAUGGUAUUCUCAAGCUUGGGGCACCGCUAUACUUGCGGGUCUGUCUUUCUUUGCUCUUGGUUGGAUAAUUAAGGGUUCUAAUCCUUUGCCCUCUUUCAAGAGCGAAAAUGUGGAAAAGAAAGAUGAUAAGAAUAGCCCUGAGCAGGCUAAGCAAGGUUAAUUGAAUGGUGAUUUUGGUUCAAGAUAAUUCGUAGUAACGUCUUGAAAGUGGAUGUAAAAUGGGGAUUUUAUGUUUCCCAGCUUCACUAGGUUGCUUCUUGAGUAAUAGAGCAAGUAACUACAAGAAAAAAUAUGUGGAGAAAGCAACAAAAAGGAAGAUGAGGCAUGCGACCUUGAAGUUACAUGUACCAACAACGUACUCUGUUUUCGAACAACUGGGUGUUCUUGAAUGGACUAGCAACGUCUUUGUUGACGUCUGUGGAAUUUGUAUAAUGUAUUUUGAGUUACCGUACCUGCUACAACUCUCAGUUUCUCGCAAGAAUGUAAUCUGGAUAGAAUUUGAAAAGGGCAUCUUUCUACUGAUGAAAUCUGUGUAAAGUUUCAAAAUCCAAUUGGGCAUUCAGUGGAUAUAUAACAGUGCAAUCUUUUCCCUUCC